AACAUUUAUUACAGUUCAUGGGAUUUUAGGAAAAAUUCAACUUGCACAUGUCAAAGUCGAAAUUUCGGUGAAAGCUUAACUGUUCUACUGUGUUUAAUUUGUUGAAUUGAAAUAAAUAUAAUAAAAGAGAAGAUAACAUAUAUUUAUGAGUUAUUUUAUUCAGUUGUCUGUUUUAAUGACCAAAUAAAUGAGAGAAUGAAAUGUGAAGACAUAAAAAGUAAUUUAAGCCUUUACGACUUUUAAAAAUCGUCAUACGUUCUUCUGUACCGGCAAUUGUACAAAUUUUUAAACUUAAAAGCACUGCCGUAUGUUAAUAUGUUUUGUUCAAAAGUCUUUGUUGAAAGUGGCAAUACUUUUUGUCUCUCUGUUGACGAGAAGUUUAAUUAUGUUACUCGUAAAGACCAUCCUAAUUUAGUAUGGACGCAGCUGCUAUUAUUGGCUGCUUUAAACUUGUUUCUGCUUUUCUAUUUUUGCUUCUUGGUGGAGGAGUCCAAUAUUUUGUACCACAUUCGUGCUUCCAUAAGCCUAAAUUUCAUACAAGAAACAAAUUUUGGGUUUCUGUGGACAAAAUUCAAGUAAAUUGCGUAAGCGAGCUAAGAUGUGGAACAUUUCAGGUUCGAGAAAACAAAAUCCAAACAAAUCACCUGUAGCGACAACACACUUUAAAGAGAAAAAAGAGAGAAAGAACAAUUUGCAUGAGAGGUUAAGUUCUCAAGACUUACAAACGAUCAAAGAUGUAAUAAAAAAAGCAACAUCUGCACCCUCACCUUACGAAUACAGUUUGAGAAAAGCAGAUCGUAAUUCUUUGAAAAGGACUCGACAAAAUUUCAAAGGUUUCUUCCUAACCAUUGUUAACAUGUUGAGUAAAGGUGAUGACGACAGCGACUGUUAUCCCUAUCAAAGCGAAUUGUCAUCUUCAACGCCUUACAAAAGAAAAUUACGGAAAAAAGAAAGUACCUGCUACGAUGAUACAGAACAAACAAAAACUUUUUUUCAUGACCUUAAAGAAAAAAAUAUUGAUGGAGAAUCGAGUAGCUCUGCGCAAGGUCUCCAAAGCAGCCAGAGGCCGACGGACAAUUCUGAGGACAAAGAAAAAAGUUUUUCAGUAAAGUCUGACCCAAAUGAAGAAAACCAUGACAAGAACUUUAAAAAAUUGCUCGACGAAACUAAGAGUAUAAAAGCUGACGUUCACGAAGCACUUCAAAGUUGCGCAUGGCUUUCUGGAGAGUAUGGAACAACUGGUCCAAACGAAACGAUGCCGUUUUCUCACUUGUAUGUCACAGUAAAUGAAGGAGAGGAAAAAUCAUAUGAAAUCUUUAAAAAAGAUAUUGAUGAAAAGUUUGGAUGGGAAGCUUCGAAAUACGUUGAAUUACGAUCUAAGCCACUGAAAGAAGCGAAGUUUCGAAUGCUGUCCGAAGUUCAUGCUGUGAGAAGUGAGGGUAAUCGCAGUACAUUGACAGUAUUUUGUCUUAAGAAUGACACGUAUUAUGCCUUGACUUGUGCGCAUGCCGGUGUUGUUGAUGAUUUAUUUGUCAAAAACUUUGGGGCAAUUUCAGCUAACAUUCAAAUUUACAAAACGCGCACGGAAUAUUUUUACAUGCAUCCAAAUAAUGACAGAAUAGUGCCAUUGCAAAUUGGUCAGUGUGAAAAGCCAACUAGAUUUGUUAUGAAUGAAGAAGUUGAUAUCAUGAACAUUGCCAUUGGUAAUAAGGAAGAUUUUCAACAGAUUGCAACGAGUAGUUUGCAGCCUCUCAACUUGUGCUUACAUGAGGCGAAUCAAGAGCUUUCUCGUAGAAUUGAUAAAAAGAACGAAACUGUCAAAGCUCGAGCUGCAAACGCACGGGGCGUUAUUCAAGAGUUGAACUAUUGUAAAUCAGAUUUGGACAACCAGAAGAAAGCUAUAUACAAGAAUGCAGUCAAAGUUAAAAUUGAGAACGACCCGUUUCUUCGUUCCGGAGAUUCUGGAGCACUGGUAUACUUUUUAAACAAAGAAAACAAUUGGAAACCAUUUGCGUAUGUUGUUGCAGAAAUAGAAAACGAAAUUAUUAGCGAUUCAAGUAAAACUUACAUUUGCCUGAAAUUGGAAAGGCUUUAAAAGAACUAGACCUUGAAAAUGGGCAAUAUUUCACUGACAAUGAAAAUUAGUAACUGAAAACAUAAUAAGUGUAUAAAGUGCAUAUAUAUAUAUAUAUAUCAAUGAAAAAUAAACAGAAAAUAGUAUGCUUUUAUUGCUACAAUGGCAUCUAACAAAAUAUAACUGUAAUUGCUUUAAUGUAAAUUAUGUACAGUGCCAUAUAUAGGUGAAUAGUGCAAUACAACUUUAAUAAUAACUCCGUAAAUACUUUACUGUGAACAAAUAAUUAUGCACGAAUAAAUAUAAUUAUAGUAAGUCAA